CAGAAAAGGAAAGGCAGACGCUCCUCUCUCUCUCUCUCUCUCUCCCCAGAAAAACAUGCGAUUGCUAUUUAACGUUGCGAUCCAGAAUCACAGACAUUAGGUCUCUGUGUGUGUGUGUGUGUGUGUGUGACACAGCGCUCGGGGCUGUGGUCGGGGGUGGACUCGGAUGGUGGCGGUUGGGCUGUUGGUCAGAACAGCGUCUGUGAAAUUGGCGUAAAAUUGACGCGUCCAACACAGGAGGAGAUACACAGAGAGAGAGAGAGAGAGAGGGCACUCCCAGACUCUACACUACUCUACACUACUCUACAGACCAGACUCGACAUCACCCACCCACUCACUCACUCACCCACCCACCCGCCUGGUACUCUGAUUUCUUUUUCUCUGAAGAAAGGAGCGUGAGAGAAGAUCUGUGACCAUGGAAGAUUGGGACGUUCCCCAAUUCAAGAAGGAAGUGGAGAGUCUGAAAUAUCAGCUGGCCUUCAAGCGAGAGAUGUCUUCCAAAACAGUCCCUGACUUCGUGAAGUGGAUAGAAGAGGGAAUGGCUGGCGAUCCAUUCCUAAACCCAGAGUUAAUGAAGAACAACCCUUGGGUAGAAAAGGGAAAGUGCGCUAUACUUUGACAUUUCCAAACUGCUCUGUAUGUAAAAGCAAUUACAAUUUGUAAAAGUCUCCACAAUCGCGGAGAGUGGGGAAAUUUUGGUCAACGCAGUCUUUUAAGCUCUUAAAAAAAAGUACACAUUUACCUUUUUUUUGUACAUUUUAUGGUAACGAGUCAAGGGAAAAAAAAUCUAUAUAAUUGUACGGGUGAUUAAACCAACCUCUUUGUACAACUCGAAAGGAGCGCUGUAACAGGAAACUGACAAAUAAAGCAAUAAGGAGGAACGGGUUAUAA